AUGGAGGUUGAAGCUGCGCAGGGCUCCAAGCCCAAGCCCGAGAGACUACCCAUCACCGUCUCGAAACCGACCCCCUACACCUUCGACCUGGGCUACCUGCUCGCCAACGACCCGAACCCACUUGAAGUGUCACGGUCUGCCCCGCUGGACGCCUCGCUCAAGGCGACAGCCCGGGACGGCGCUCAGUCGCUGGUCAACCAGCUGCUGACGACGUGCGCGAUCACCUCGUCGACGCAGCACGGGGUGUUGCUGACGCUGCCGCCGCCGACGACACACCUGCCGCGACACAAGCCCGUGCCGAAGCCCAAGCCGCCGACGAAAUGGGAGCUUUUUGCCCGCAAGAAGGGGAUCGGCAAGUUCAGCUCGAAACCUGGCGCGGCGCUCGCGGACAAGGAGCGACGCAAGAACCUGGUGUACGAUGAGGAAAAGGGCGAAUGGGUCCCGCGAUGGGGGUACAAGGGCAAGAACAAGGCUGGCGAGAAUGACUGGCUGGUCGAGGUUGACGAGAAGCACUGGAAGAAGGAGGAGGACGCGGCCGCUGUGGGCUCUUCCAUCCGCGGCAUGUCGCGCUCGGAGCGGAAGGAUCGCAUCCGUCGUAACGAGAGAAAAAUGCGUGCCAACGAUCGUCGCUCCAAGAAGUCUGGUGGUGGUUGA